AUGGACGGUGCCUGUGUCCACGGUCAUUGUCCUGGCCUUAGUCAGAGGCUGGGGUGGGGAGCUGGGAUUUGGGGGGAGUCGUUUAGCUGCCCCCCUCCAUUCCUGGUUUGAACAGCACCAAGACCUAAAACACGGAGGGAUCUAAGCUCGUGGGGUGGGGGAGGGGAGGAUGUUGCACUUGUUGGGGGGGACCCCACUUUGCAGCCGGAUCUCCGGGAUCAGCCCCUCCCCCGCUCUCCUGAUCCACUAAAGGAAAAGGGGAGGGGGAAACCUUCCUCUUCCUCUCCCCCCCUUCAAUUCUUUCCCUCCCCUCCCGGCACCUCCUCCUCUCACCCCGCCCCCACAACCCCAGAUCCCGCCCCCAAACGUCCUCCUCCUCCUCCUCUAAUCCGGCUUCUGCUCCGGAACUGAGGGGGGGUGAGCCCCCUCCCAACCUGCCUGCUUCUCCCGGAAGUGGAGCUUCCUCUCCGGAUUGCUGCUCUGCCCCACAGCUCUAGGGGGGGCGCUAGGAUGUUGCAGGAAAGGAGAAUCGGGAGCGAGGAGAAAGAGGUAAAGGGGUCCCGGGGGGGAGGGGGGAGAAAAGGACCCAGAGACCCCCGCCAGCUCCCCCAAGCGCCUUCCGUGGGGCCUGGAUCCCGGCACGCGUGCUGUGAAGGGGCGGACGAGGACUCCCUGGCCCCCUUUCCCCCGCGCAGGCAUCCCUGGGGCGCGGAGAGAAGCGGGCCAGGAAAGAGUUAAGGGGUGCGGGAGGCGCCUGGAUAGAGACCCCCCUGUCAUCUUGGGGGGGCAUUAGGGACGGAGAGAUGGCAAGGGGUGAGCCAAGGGGGCGUCUGGGGGCAGUGGGGGGGAUGCGAGGGGGGCAAGGGCGGGGGGAGGAGGGGGCACCCCCGGGGCAAGGAAGCACAGCAGUGGGGGCGGGGAGAGAGCUGGCGGGGCCGCCUUGGCUUCUCCCUCCCGCCCAGGUAUCGACCCCCCGCCCUUCAAGGCGACCAGAGAGGGAUCCCUGGAAAGUGGGGGUUCUGUCUCCCCACCCCUUCCUUCCUGCAAGCUCCAUCCUCUUCCCACCCCAUAAGCCCCAGCCCUGUCCAGAUGCAGCGCUUCUGCCCAGUCCACCCAUUGGUCCCCCUGGAGAGGAGAGGAAAUCCGGAGAGGAAGAGGGGAGGGGGGAGGCCUUCUCUGAAGCGGCUCUUUGUUUCCGCAAUCCCUCCCAGGAAGCAGCCAGAAACCUUUUCCUCUCUCUCAGGCUUCCAUCUUUAUUGUCUUUUCCACUGAGGAUGAGGAUAAUGUACACCUGUCCUCAGAAACAGGGGUUCAGAGUCCAUGGAAUGGCUCUCAGGAUUGAUACAGAAGUUGCACCUCAAAAGCAUUUCUGUUCCUCUUAUUUUUUGUAGGCAAUGUCAGAGUGACUGACAAGCUGAGAUACAAUCCUUCAGCAUCCGACGACAACGACUACAUGAAUCUUCCCAGUGAAAGGACCCAUUUUCAUGAUAGACAGUGCCUGUGGCUGGAGGCUCUACACACCGGGUGUGCCUGUGCAGGCCAAAGACUGCCAGUAUUAGCACAGGUGAGGUGUGUGUCAUUCCCAAAUUUACAGACUGUAUGUGAAUGAGAGUUUGUGGGUGGGAUUAUAGUUUACGGCAACCCUGUGAUUUUCUCCACCCAUAACAUUUCAUGAGCUGAUAUUGCAGUACGAAUUCCAAAUUAACUACAAAAAAAAUCACAUGAUAAUAAUAAUAAUAGUACAGUGGUACCUUGGGUUAAGAACUGAAUUUGUUCUGCAGGUCCGUUCUUAACCUGAAACUGUUCUUAACCUGAAACACCACUUUAGCUAAUGGGGCCUCCUGCGAUUUCUGUUCUCAUCCUGAAGCAAAGUUCUUAACAAAAGGUACUAUUUCUGGGUUAGCAGAGACUGUAACCUGAAGCGUCUGUAACACGAGGUCCCACUGUAGAAGUUAUAGUAUUCGUCUUUUCCCCCAGCCACUCUGGGCAGCUUACAGUACAUAUAGGUAAAGGUAUAGGGACCCCUGACCCCUAGGUCCAGUUGUGGCAGACUCUGGGGUUACGGCGCUCAUCUCGCUUUAUUGGCCGAGGGAGCCGGUGUACAGCUUCCGGGUCAUGUGCCCAGCAUGACUAAGUCGCUUCUGGUGAGCCAGAGCAGGGAACGGAAACGCUGUUUACCUUCCCGACAGUACAGUACAUAUACAAGACAGUAAAACAUCAAACGUUAAAAACCUCCUGAUACAGCUGUCUUCUAAAUGUCAGAUGGUUGCCUACUUCCUUGCCCUCAGAAGGGAGGGCAUUCCAUGGGGCAGGAGGCCCUCUGCCUGGUUCUCUGAAACUUCACUUCUAACAGCAAGGGAACCAGCAGAAGACCCUCGGAGGCGGACCUCCCUGUCCUGACUGAGCGAUGGGCGUGAAGAUGCUCCUUCAGUUCCACAGGGCCAAGGCAGGGGCCAAAACAGCACUCAAGUAAGCAACAGCCAAGCAGAGUAGAGUAAUAUCAGAAUAGGAAGUGGGAGCAGGCGCAUUUCAAUACUGUAAUUCAUAUAUAAUUCAAUGUCAGAGAAACCCUGGGACUAGAUAACAAGCCUCCAGGUGGACGUGCCCCACCUGCCCUUCACGUUCCUCUUCCGCACGGGCAGAAUCUGCCUUCUGGACUGUGGGAUUCACGGUUGUUCUCCUCCUCUCCAUCCACCAGGGCUUGACUUCAGGUGCAGCAGAAUUCCCCAGCCCCCCAAGGAUUUGAGACCCAUCAGCUAUCCUCACCUGGUUUAGCCGGCCGGUUGAAGCCGUUGCUUGAACCCCUGUUGCAUGCUGACAGAUUCUGGAAGCCACAGGUGAGAGCUGAGUGCAGGGUGGGGACCCAGGGUGGAAAAAUGACCCCAGAAGGUGCAGGACAUGUCUCCCACCAAAGGAACUACUGCUCCCCAACACCCCAUGACAUCUAGAUUCAGGUAGGUAGCCGUGUUGGUCUGACGGAGUUGAGGUAAAAAAGUAAAAAAUAGUCCCGUAGCACCUUAGGCACUAGCUAUGAUUGUUCUAGAUUUAAGCUUUCGUGUGCAUGCACACUUCUUCAGACACACUGAAACAGAUGUCACCAGACCCUUGUAUAUCGUGGGAGGGUGGGGUGGGGUUUUUCUCAGAAGGGUACUCCCACUACCAUCUCCUACUACCCUUCACUAUAUGAAGAAGUAUGCAUGCACACGAAAGCUUAUACCUAGAACAAACUUAGUUGGUCCCUAAGGUGCUACUGGACUAUUUUUUACUUUUGAUUUCAGCUGUGUCAGACCAUUAAGUACAGUUAUCUCCUUUCCUUGAAUAUCCUGCUUUUCAGUGCCAGAUUAGGAUAGUCCUGUGUCAGAAGACAAGCAGAGGAUCAGGAAGAACAUCAUCAUUAUAAAGAACCAUUGGGAUGGAGUGUUUCCCAUUUGCCAGCUGCUUUCCUUCUGCUUCUCCUGCUCUCUCCAUGCAAUGUGAGGCAUGUAGACAGAGGUCCAUCUCCCAGAACAGGAGUUUCCCUGAGCACCCAUUGAGCUGACCCCAAGCACCAAGCCUUGUCACUAGUUCUCUUACUGACCCAGACCACAGUCCCUGGAAGAGAUGAAGGCCUGGGUCUCCCAAAAUAGUCCAUAUGGACCUCCUGAGGUCAGUGGGACUGUGCAGGUGAUUCAUGAAGAUCUAGAGGUGGAAACGGGGGCAACCACUUGAUUUGAAAGGCAGUCCCACAGGACAACAGUAUUCCAAGGUCAUGCUGUGUUAUUAAAGAUGAUUGAGGAUUAUGAAAGGUUGCUGAUGCAUUACUAUCAUUAGACAUCAUACCAUUUUCAUUUCCUAAAAAUUGGGAACAUGGGUAGGACAUGGGAGAAUGUAGGAGAUGUUGAAAUAAGAGAAGGUGCUAAUGGCGGUUGAUGUGUCCUUUUUUUCUGUGUUCUCUUUCUUAAAACCCAAACAGGAUUUCCUUUCUGCCCACUCUGAAAAAGGUGAUGGAGAAGACAGAAUUGCAGGGGACAGGGCACCUUUCGUUUCAUUAG